CCAAGUUCCAAGCAAAAGCGGCGCUGAAGCUGGUCUUUGCUUUUCCAAAAAAAAAAAAAAAAAUUAUGUAUUCUGAAGAACAAUGAGUGAAUUUAAAUUACACCAUUUAAUUGUGCAGCUGAUUGAUUUAUUAGGUUCGGAAUCUGCACCUGAGGAACAUUUAGAGAAGCUGCAAAAAGAAUGCAUAACGGCAAAUGCACUAAACACUGUUGCUCCUCACAGUUGCAUCCAGCAUCUAAUAAAAAUUUCACCCCAACCAGAGUUAUUUUUACAAAAAUAUGAGGAGCUAAAAUCUAAAAAAGUAGAUCUAUUAGGUCCAUUUGUGCAGACUUUAGAGUUAAUAUCACAAGAUGAAGAAUUGAAGAGAUAUCUAUCAAAAUCUGCACCAAGAUCAUCAGUUAGUUCCUUAAAAGAUUCAACUAUUACUCAAGAAGAUUUGCCAAAAAUUUGCAAAACUGUAAUCAAAGCUGCUGUGGAAGGAGGAAAAAAAUUAAAUCAGCAAGUAUGUUCAGUCAAUUGGAAAAAUGACAGUGUUAUAGCAAAACAUAAUUGGGUAGCAGAGCGUCCACGUAUAACUUGGGAUUUUCACAGUGAUGCUGCGGUAACACUUCACCAAAAGGUUGUGCCGAUUAUAUCUCAGGAAUCUAUACUUUUAUGGGAUAUUUUAUAUUGCUUGAAAGGAAUAGAUGGAUCAUACAUCAUUUCAGAACCUUUAACGAGUCCUUAUGGUGUUAAAACUUUUAGUAUAUCACCUGAUGUUGGUGUAUCAUUUAAGCAGUUAGCACAACAGAUAUUACCUUUAGCAUCCUAUUACUCUAUGACAGUGAGAUUUGUUGAAGAGAAAGUUUCACCAGAUGAUGGACAAGUCAAUCAUGCUUUGAGAGGAGCUAUACGAUCUUUGUUAAAAGAUUAUUUGCUCUUUGUCGUGCAACUUGAGACAGAACACAUUCAUGGUAAAUUAAGUUUGCAAAAGCUAUGGUUUUACAUUCAGCCUACCAUGCUUACAAUGUCUAUACUUUCUCAGAUUACAUCCACAAUAUGCAAAGCAAAUGCCAAAGGAGGGAAAGUAUUGAGCCUUCUUCAUGAGCAAACAUUAAACAGUGUCAGUGGUGAAGCAAAGUCCAAAGAAUUAUGUCUAUAUCUGAUACAAGCAGCGAGCAUGCCAUAUAUGCAAAUAUUAGAAAAAUGGGUUUACAAAGGAGUAAUAUGCGAUCCAUAUCAGGAAUUUUUUGUAGAGGACAACGAAUUGGUUCAAAUAGAGGAACUUCCUAUGGAUUAUUCUGCGGAUUACUGGGAAAAGCGAUAUACCAUGCGACCGGAAAGGAUACCUGUAUUUUUAAGUGAACAUGCACAAACUAUACUUAGAACUGGAAAAUAUUUCAAUGUGAUCAGGCAAUGUGGUAAAACAGUGCAAUGGGGAAAACAAGAACCCUUAAGUUAUCAAUAUCAAGGGCAGAAAUAUAUAGCUGCCAUCGAUAGGGCAUAUUCAGAAGCCGCCAGGAAAUUAUUAGAAGUACUCAUGAAGGAAAAUGAUCUGAUGGGUAGGCUACGUAGUGUGAAAAGUUAUUUUCUUCUUGCUCAAGGAGAUUUUAUGGUUCAAUUUAUGAACCUGUGUGAAACCGAACUGAAUAAGAGUAUGUACGAUAUUGUUCUGCAUCGUUUAGCAUCUCUUCUCGAGGUUGCUUUGCGAAUGUCAACUGCAGAUUCAGAUCCUUAUAAAGACGAUCUGAAACCAGAAUUACUACCAUAUGAUCUACAAUACCAAAUGUUUAGAAUACUCUCCAUCCAAACCAGAGAUGAGAAAGAAUAUUGUUUUCAAGCGGGAAAAAUUUUGACUGGUUUGGAAGCUUUUGUUUUCAAUUACGACGUUAAAUGGCCAGUUUCUUUGAUUAUUAAUAGAAAAGCCAUAGCUUGUUAUCAAAUGUUGUUUAGGCAUCUAUUUUAUUGUAAAUAUGUUGAAAGACUAUUGUGCAGAGUAUGGAUUAGCAAUAAAAUAGCAAAGACUUUCACGCACGAAGUGGCCAUAGCUUACAGACAGGCAUUUUCAUUACGGCAAAGAAUGCUCGAUUGUAUACAACAUUUGGAAUAUUAUAUGAUGGUGGAAGUUGUGGAACCAAACUGGUUGAAAUUUAUAAAUAAGAUGAACAAGGUCAGUAAUGUCGAUGAUGUAUUGAGCGUACAUCAGGAUUUGCAAGACAGUUAUAUGAAGGAGUGUAUGUUAACGGAUCCCGAUCUUCUCGGUUGCAUCACCGGUAUCUGCGCAAUCUGCGUAGAAUUCUGCAAUUUUAUGCAGCGUAUGAGCCGCUACUACAUUGAUGCUGAAUUGACAUCCAUGAUUGGUGCCUGUCAGGAAGAUGUCUAUGAAUAUGAGAUCGAGAAUGUUUCUACAACGAAAGAUGGAACAGGAAGCUUUGAGGAAACAAUUGCAUCGCUAGAUGGAAGAUUCACUAAAGUAUUAACAUGUCUUCUAGACCGAAUCUGCGAUUUGGGUUGCGAAAACAACAAUGAGAAAUUACUUAAUGUGUUAUGUCGGCUUGACUUCAACAUGUUUUACACUGACAUUCUGGUACGUCGAGGAAGAGAGAAAACUGUCGUACAGCAAGAUGUAUCUGGUUAGUAAUACAUUAUCUCGUCCAUGCUGAUUUAUUCGCAAAUAUGGAAAGAUCUACGACAAUAAUUUAAUAAUAAAUUUUGAAAAAAAUUUAUUUAUUUCCAACGCACUUAUUUACAUACAUGGGCACAUGCGCGCGCAUAUACACAAUGUAUUUUUUUGUCAUCAGAAUUAUAUUAAAAACGUUAAAAGGGUUAUAUAAAAAUGAUGAAAUUGAUAAUAUUAUAAAUAUUGCUAAAAAGUUGCUUACAAAAAUACAAAUUGUAAUAGAAUAAUUUUAAUUGAUCGAUAGAACGUUUGUAUUUAUACAACGUGGAACAAUAUGUCUACAUAUUUUCGCAUUGUGUAAUAUUUAGCGUAUAAGCGCUAUAACUCGAUUACGAUUAUAUUAAUGGCACAUUGGCACGCAGCGUAGGGUAAGUCAACGCCUGUUAAAAUAUAAUAAUAAAAUUUAACAUAUACUUAACAAUGUAUUGUGUUUAAUGUUGGUAUAUAAAAUAAAAUGACUUAGAGCGAGUAA